AUGAAUAAUGAUGUCGUGCAACCGCCGGGGUUGUUGCAAGAAUCAUCGAACGCGACGACGAUGGGAGAGGGUGCGGUGGAAUCCAUCUCCGGGCGGCGGCGGCGGUCUUCGUCUUCGUCUUCUUCUUCUUCUUCAAUUUUAAGCAACGAAUUGGUGGCGAGGACGAUGCCUAUUGCUCUGAAUAACCGCGGGAGAAAUAUCGCAAACGUGGCGCUGCGCGUGGAACAAUCCUCGACCGCGGUUGGCGUUUCGAGUUCUUCUGUGAAUACAUUAUUGGCGUCCGUAGCUGGAGAGAAAGUUUUUCCGAGCGAAGGUGGGAUACAAGGGCGCGCGUAUGAUGUGGCGUGCGAGUCGUUGGCGUUUACGGCGUUUACGGAAGACGGCGAUAACGACAACGAGGUGGAGCGCGCUAUGAGAAAGAUGAAGCAAUUGCGGAUGGCGUGUAAUGGGACCGGUGAGGAGACGGUCGAGUGGAAGAAACACGAAAGGUGCUCACGAUUGGCGAUGAACCGGUGCGUGGAGUGGAUGAGGAAAGAAUACGCGGGCGAGGAAGAGAGGAAAGUCGUGCGAUUAGGUGUUCGUGCGGUGACGGUGCUCGCCAAGUAUGCAGACGCGGGCGAGUAUUCCAAGUUUAAGUUUAAUGGCGUUGAGUAUAAUAGAAAUAGUAUGAGUAGUAGGGGUGGUGGUAUAGGGAGCAACAAUGGAGCUGGUGAAAACCCGAAAAAGUUAAAAGGCCUUUCCAGGAUGGUUUCGAAAGCAGCUUUGAAAGCUGGCUUGCGCAAAUCAAAGAAGGAACAACAACAGCAGAAGCAGAAGUUUGACCACGACGUAGCGAGCGAUAAUGAUGACGGGAAUUCAAAUAACGAGGGAGAAGAAAUGGCAGCAUCGGAGGAUAAGAAGACAACGAAGCAGAGAGGCGAUAAGGUUGGAACUUCCGAGGAUACUACCGCGAGUGAAAAGAAGCUCGUCAAAGUGACGAUGACGCUGUAUGACGAAAGCAAUGCAAAAAUAUUAAUGUUUGUUUCAACACAAGCGACGCCGCUGACGUAUCCACACUCCUCCUUUGAUUCGCGAGAUGGAAUGAAAGAAGCGAUAUUUAAUGCAGUGACGCCGUCUUUCGUCGCGAAUAGAAUGCAUUCGAUCGAAAUUGCGGUAGUUGACGUCACUGCUGCGGGUAACGAGAUAUCUGCAAACGAGGCAUUGAUUUCUACUGAGGAUAGAGAGGAAAGGGAUGAGCUCGGGAGGAGCGUAUUUGAUUCAGAUCGAUUUCCACCUUCUUUCAGAGUUCCUAAUUCUUCUGGUGGUGUUGGAUUGACAGAAACAAAUAUGGUGAAAGCAUCCAUCAUUCCAAGGCGCAACUAUCCUAUACUUGGUCGCGUGUUCCUUCCAAUCGGCUCCAUCGGCGAUACGUCGUUGAAGAGUGUAUCUCGUGAUCUUACCUUAGCCUUAGAGUCAAUCAGUGACACGCUAGCGACGACUUCGAUUGGAACCGUCGAUGCGAGCGUAGACUCGUUCGUAUCCUACGAGAAGAAGAAGAAAAGGAAAAACGGCAACAAUUCCAUCGCAUUCUCGAAAAAUGGGCUGCUCACGCUGAUACCGGCGAAUGGCGACUUGGACAUUUUACAGUACGCGAAAAUUGGCAUAGCGACGAUGCGAUUUUUUGCGCUCUGUGGUCGCGGUGAAAGCUAUCGCGCGUUUGUUGGCGAGGUUUUACGAGAUAUAGCUCGCACGCACUGUAAAAAGAAGGAUGUUGUGCCGCGUUCUGGAGUAGCCGUGUGCGAGGCGUUCGCACUGUUCGAAAAGUGGCGUCCGGAAAAACUUUUGUACCACGAUAGUGAUAACGAAAGGAAAGGUGCAGCCGAAUAUGUAGAAGAUAUCAAUAUUAGAAUAGCAGAAGCUUUUAGGGACGCGUUGGCGAACGUCGCUGCGGCGAUUGUAGCGGAGAGGCACGGCGAAUUGGAAAAAGUGUAUUUUACAAAACUAGCCAAGGAAACUCGCGAUAUGUGCGUUCGAACUCUCGAAACGUGUGGAUUCGACAAUAUGGAUUACGACGAAGAUGUAGAGGAUGAUGAUGGCGUUUCGCAAAGUGUCAAAAUAGAGAACGUCCAGAAUGAUAUGGAAUCAAAUGCGCGGGAGGAGAAAAUGAUGUUGAUCGUGGAGAUGUUGGCGAUUGUUUCUGAACCUUUGGGAGGAAUUUCUAAGAAUACUUUUCUUUCCUUGAGACUUUCGAAGAUUGCACGUCAAUGCGGAAUAAAUCUAUUCCGUAACCGCUUCAAUGCGAACAUUUCUGACGCUAUCGGUCGCGUCACGCUCUCUGGAACUUUGAAAUUGAUUGUGAGCUUAAUAGAACACUCAAAAAGUGACGCCAGAAAGUUACGCGGACGUUUUCCGAGCGAGGCGAAUGCGGUAUUCUUUGCAUUUGAAGCAAGCUUAUCGCGUGCGCUGAAUUUAGCCGCGGGUGCUCUGAAUGCAUGUGGCGAAAAAGGACUGAAUCCAAAGUAUGAAGACGAGGUUAUAAAGUCGAUCGAUACGGAACUCUUUCUGUUAGCGAAAGCGUACGAAGAAGAGAUUCCUCCCAAUGGCGGCUUUUCCUUCUUCUCUCGCAAAGGUGAUGGUUUAAACGCGAGCACAUCAGAUGUGCCUUGUUAUUAUUCGGAAUCUGUUAAAUCUGCGUACAGAAAGUAUGAGUGUGCGGUACAUCCUUCCAUUCAAGAGUCCGUGGAAUGUGCCGCAGAGGAGCUCAAACGCUUCGUUUCGAGUCAUUGUAUAGGUAGUCCCAGCGAUUUUCCAAAGCCGAUACCGAUGAACCACACCACCGGUGACAUGCACUCUGCAGCCUCUGAAGACGCUUUGCGUGCGUGCGCAGAGACUUAUGAGGCAUUGGCUUUCUCAAUGCAGCCGAAGUAUAGGAGAAGGUUCCACGCGGAGAAAAUCGCUCUCGCGAUCAAAGAGAGUUUGGUGGAAUUUUCAGACGCGCAAAAGUUGUACGCCACAGUACUCAUAAAACGAGCGCGGAAGAGCGAAGUCGAGCGAUUAUCCAGAGAUGAAGACUUGUCGGUUGGCAUAUCGAGUGUGUUCGAAGAUGGGUCCUUUUACGGGCGAAUAUCAAACGCGAAUAAGUGUUUUGAAGGGUUUAUGAAUCUCAUGGAAGAGUAUCCUCGAUGUUGGAAAAAGAUUGCUAAAGAGAAGGACGAUGAUGAAGCACACGAGAACACUGCCGAGAUCGAUCAGGAAAGCAUCUCAAGUGUGAACGCGCAAAUUCAGUACGUCGCAUCCAGCGCAUACAAAAAGCUCAAAUCGAAUCGUGACGAGAUGCUCCAUGCUCUGGCAGAACUCUUUUCACAACGCGUCUCGAGAGAUCUGAAGGUUGCCAUUUUCGACGCACACGACGAUUCACGUAAAUUCGCAACCUCGCGGUGCUUGAACAUGAUAGAAGCAGAGAUCGCCCGUGCUCACACAUCGUUGUCGUCGGGAUGUGGCAAAAUAUUGUUAAAAGCAUUGCAUGCUGGGAUAUUGGACGCAGUCGAACGAAUUGUUUUGAGUACAAGACUUGACCCGUUUAGCAAAGCUGAUUUGACGCGCGAGAAUUCUGGAAAUUUCUCCGAUGUGAACCGCGAUUUUUUCGAUCCCUCUAGAACGAAAAUUACGGAAUCGACGCAUUCGCGUUGCGUGCAACUUUGCGACGAAGUCUCUGACUUUUUCAAAGCAGAAUACAAAAAGAAAAGCGGCGGUGAAGGUUCUGCACGGAUCCUUCGAGAUGUGCAGAAAUCAGAAAGACGCACUCGCCGGAUUUUGGAUUUGUGGUACACGCCAACAAUGGAGGUUGCAAAUCUCGUUCCAGAAGAAGAAGAGACUAGAGAGCGAGUGAGUUCAAUGGACGUACUUCGCAUCCUGAAACAGAGAGGCGACAAAGACGAGUGGGCGCGAGAUGUUGUCCGGAGCGGCUCUCAAUCUCUUGCGCGUUCGCUUUGCGCUCGCGUCAUUAAGACUUACAAUGCAAGCUCGAAACACGAAGGCGAUCAAGCUUUGCUCGGAUGUUGGCCGUGUCGCUCAGAUUUUGGUAUGCGAGGUUGCGUGUUCGUUACGUCAAGCACGGUUGGAUUUACCACGUUUAGUUUCGGUAUUCGUUUCGAGAGCGCUGAAAUUGCGCAUGAGCACCUGCAUCAAAGGGAAUGGGUUUGCGAAGUGGACAGAAUGUGCGCACUGUUACGUAUCGAAAGUGAAGACGGGACUCCGGGAGUGCAUAUGCAGCUCGACGAUCGCACAUCUCUAUAUUUAUCCGAGUUUGGCGACGAAGAAAUUUCGUAUGCCAUGGAAAAGAGAGCGAUCGAACGAGACAUGUUCGUAACGACGUUGCGAACUCACGACAAGUUCGCACCGAAAGGUGGAAAGCGUAGGGAGAAAAUAAAAGACAACGGUGACGAUGGGAGCAAGAGCGAGAUUUCGUAUCAGUCGUCCAUUAUCCCAGCACCUCCACGCGAAUUCAACCUUUUACCGAAUAGUGAUCCGCAGCUAAAAGUAUUCGAAGACGUGUAUAGAAAAGAAACCAACGGAUCAAAAUGCCACGGCCAGAUCUGCGUUAAUCGAUACACGGUCCAGUUUUUACCAUUUGAUGAAAGCAUUGUGGGUGUGACGAUUUUCCUUAGGAAUGUAAACCCAGAUGUCGUUCGACAAAGAAAAGUGGGAUGGACUAACGCGGAAGUUUGGGUAUCCGAAGGCUUGAUCGUUUCCGGAUUAGAUUUGAAUGCGGCGGUAGAACUUGCCAAAAUGAUUAAAGUUGGGAUAGCGAUGGUUACUUAG